AUGGCGGAUUACGAGUCUGACAGUGACGAAGGUGAAGCCGGACUAGGAAAUGUUACAAGAGUAAUCAUGCGGCCGGUUGGUCAUAGUGGCAAAGCCAAAAAAGGACAUUUGUGUUUCGAUGCUUCGUUUGAAACAGGAAAUUUGGGGAGGAUCGAUUUGGUAUGUGAAUACGAAUAUGAUCUGUUCAUACGGCCGGACACCUGCAACCCACGGCAUAGACUGUGGUUCAAUUUUGUCGUGGAAAACACAAGACAAGAUCAAAAUGUUAUAUUCAAUAUCGUAAAUAUCAGCAAUAAAAACAACCUUUUUAAAAACGGGAUGACUCCCAUAGUGAGGAGUACGAGCCGAAACACGUGGUAUCGCAUACCGAUCUACAGAGUGCACUACCACCGAUCGUUGUACCACGACAACAACUACGUUCUCAGCAUAUUGUUUUCGUUUGACAAGGACGACGAUAGCUAUCAAUUUUCGUACUCGUAUCCAUAUUCGUACACUCGACAACAAAACUAUUUGUCACUGAUUGAAAAAAAGAAGCUGCCUUACUUCAAACGCGAACUACUAGGACAAUCGAUCCAAAACAAAAGAUUGGACUUGAUUACUAUAACUAAUCCAAAAAAUAUGAAUCCAACUGAGAAAGUACACGUCGUUGUGAUAUUAGGAAGAGUGCAUGGGUGCGAGACGCCCAGUUCCUAUGUUUGUCAAGGAAUUAUUGAAUUUUUGAUUAGCAACCAUCCAGCCGUGGUACGCCUUCGAAAAAAAGUCGUCUUUCAAUUAAUACCGAUGAUGAAUCCCGAUGGAGUUACUCUAGGAAAUUCUAGGACCAAUUUACUAGGAAUCGACUUGAACAGAGCUUGGCACAAAAUAUCACAGUGGGUUCAUCCGAUAUUGUACGCCGUUCACAAUCACUUAAUGGAAAUCGAAAAGAACGAGAACAUGGAACUCGAUUUGGUAAUCGACAUGCACGCUCAUUCGUCUCUUCACGGUGUAUUUACUUACGGGAACGCAUACGACGACGUGUACAGGUACGAAAAACAUAUAUUGUUUCCGAAAUUGUUAUCCCAACAUAUUGAAGGUUACGAACAAGCGCAUUCAAUUUGCAACAGAGAUUUUAAAAAAUGCGGAACGUCACGGAGGUUUUUGUGUCAAUCGUUGAAGGAGAAAGUCAAUUGUUAUACGUUGUUCGUGUCGCAGUACGGCUUCAGUGUUUCUCCAAAAACCAUGAUUCCGUUCACUGAAGAUUCGUUUUACACCAUCGGCCGGUGCGUGGUGCUCGCGUGUUCCGACUACUUCAAAUCGACCGGCGUGCUGACGCCGCAGGACGUGGCUGUCAAGUGCGUCAAGAAACGGGAUAGGAAACGGAAAACCGUGUUGUACCGGCAGCGCGAGACACACCCGUCAUUCAAGAGGAAAAUUAAAAAAAAAUCGCUAGCGUUGAAGCGGGUGGACAUCAAAGAUACGUUUCGCAGUGCUCUGGCGGACUGCUCGGGGCGCCCGUCCGACGACCCGAACAGGGCGAACGCCAACAGGCGGAACAUGCGCUUUGUGGACCCUUCGAAAGCCGUUGACAACCGGCGGUCAUCGAACGCUGCGGACCGCGAGAACGUCACCGCCCCACACACGUUUUCAAUCAUAAACGUCAACGACAUCAUACGAGACACGGGCGCGUUGCUCAAGUUCUGAUGUGGCGGAUCGCUAUGUAAUAUCAUACAAUGUCAUACACUCGUGUAGUGAUGUUAUAUGUUUAUAUAGAUACCUAAAUCUGCAAUGUCGGAUCCUACGGGACAAUGGUUGGAGAGGGAUUUAUUUCAAACGUCCUUACCGAAUUUCCACUGGCGUUUCCACUUGAGCGUUUUUCUUUUUAAGGACGCACUUAGAUCGCGAUUCGUGAUACCUCUACAAUC